AUGCAUCGAAUCCCGCGGCAAGCUGGGCGGCACGUGCCUCAACGUGGGCUGCAUCCCGUCCAAGGCGCUUCUGCACUCGACGCACCUGCUGCACACGGCUCAGCACGACUUCAAGAGCUACGGCAUUGA